UUUUUAGGGAAAUUUUGGCAGCUCGUGACUGGAUCGGCCGUUCUGUUUUUAUCUGGGGAAAUACAAACGCUCUCUACGUGACUUCAAUCAUGGCCUUAUCACGCGCUUCUUUUUCCGCCAGAAGGCUCUGGCUUAACAUUCUGUAUAGUUCUAGUUACCGAUUCGGCCACAGGUAUUCUCACUCUUUGAUCACUUUUCACCACAACAAUGGUGGUGGUCAAAGUUUGGUGGAAGAGUUUUAUCCAGAUUUUACCACAGUGCAGUUGAUGGUGACAAUAUGGGGAUCGUGCGGCUAUUUUUGCAUGGGUUCCGUCCGAGGCUGGAGUUCUCCUGCUAUCCCAUCACUAAAUCGGACAGUAGACUUUGAAUUGUCUCCGUCAGACCUCCAGUGGAUAUCUUCGUUCCCGUUGCUAGGAGCUGUUCUCGGUUCCUUAUUCAUCAUCAAACCGAUGGAGUAUUACGGCCGGAAGAAGGCUCUGAUCGGCCAUUACUUUGUCUUCGUAUUCGGUUUUCUCAUCACCGCAUUGGCAAGUUUCGGGAAACACAAAUCCAUGUUGUACGCUGGCCGAUUCCUGAUGGGUUUCGCCGCCGGAUCUACCAUCCCCGUCUGUCAAAUUUACGUGAGUGAGUGCGCCUCUCCGAAAAUUCGUGGUCGACUUGGAUCAACUACAAUAUCUGCAAUGGCUCUGGGCGUUUGGACAACUUACAUAAUCGGGAUAUUUGUCGACUGGCACCUUCUGACAUGGGUCUUUUGUUGUUUACCAGUUCUUUUCCUCUUCGGUACCAUGGUGAUGCCCGAAUCUCCUUCCUGGCUUCUGUCAAACAACCGAGAACAAGAGGCUCGGCAAUCGCUUCAGUUCCUCCGUGGAAAAGGUACCAACAUUGAGGCUGAAAUGAAGAGGAUUAAAGAGUAUCAAGAAAUGAUCAAUAUCAAUGAUCCUGCAUCAACUACUUCCAUCGUCAAACCCCUGGGCAUUUCACUGGGAGUCAUGCUAUUCCAGCAGACGACCGGAAUCAACGCCAUCGUUUUCUACGCGGACGACAUUUUCCAGGCAGUUGGCAGCACAAUGGACGAAAAAUACGCCACAAUUAUCGUCGGUGCUGUCCAACUGGUUUUCACCAUCGCAUCCGGAUUUCUGGUGGACAGAUGCGGAAGGCGGAUGCUAUUCCUCGGUUCAGCCAUCACUUCUUCAGUGCCUUUGGCUACCAUGGGAACGUUUUUCUACUUCGAACGCCAAUGGGGCGACAAAGAAGCGACUCGAUACUUUGGUUGGCUGCCACUGGCCUCUCUAAUCGUUUUCUUCGUCACUUAUUCCGGCGGAAUGAGUAACGUUCCUUUCAUCAUCAUGGGCGAAAUGUUUCCCGCUCGCCAUCGGACAUCACUGGGAGCCAUCAGCUCUUCUUUCAAUCUCUUUUGCACUUUUGCCAUGGUCCAACUUUUCCCUGACAUGUCACAAGCGUUUGGCAAAGACGGCACUUUCUAUUUUUUCACCGGAUGUACUUUACUGAGUGCCGCUUUUGUUUAUUUCCUUCUGCCGGAGACGACAGGCAAAACACUCGAAGAAAUGGAACAGUUAUUCCGCUCCGAUAAAAGUCCAGGCUGUCGUAGCAAUAACCAUAGUAAUUACGUGGAUGUCAUCAUGCAGGUUGAAAGUAGCAAAAAUAAUUAUAUUACUGAACUAUGCAAUUCAGAAAUAUAUUUCAUCAUUUAAAUGAA